AUGGCUGUUUUGGUACCUGGGGUUUUGUUAAAGUUGCUGCAACAUAUGAACACAGAUGUAAAAGUUGCAGGAGAACAUAGAUCAUCUUUGUUACAGGUUGUGAGCAUUGUUCCGGCUUUAUCAGGCGGUGAGUUGUUUCGAAAUCAAGGGUAUUAUCUUAAGGUAUCUGAUUCAUCUCAUGCCACUUAUGUAUCUUUACCUGAUGAAAGUGUUGAUCUUAUAUUGAGUGAUAAGAUCCAGUUGGGUCAGUAUAUACAUGUCGAACGGCUUAAGUUAGCCACUCCAGUUCCGGUUUUACGCGGGGUUAAACCGAUUCCAGGUAGACACCCUUGUGUUGGAACACCUGAAGAUAUUGUUGCCACACAUUCUUUAGGGUUUCUUAAUAGUUCCACUAGUUCUAAGUUAGUUGGUAAUGUCAAAAAGGAUAGUGUUAUUAGUGCUUCCAUUGGAAAACCAAGAUCACAAUUGUCAAAAUUGGUAUUGAAUUCGAGUGAUUCGAAGGUGAAAGUCAAACCGUCAAAUGGUUCAAGGUCAAUUCCUUCAUCUCCUACUAGUGGUUACACUUUGUCUACUUCUUUUGAGAAGUUUUCGAGUGUUGUUAAGCAUCAGUCGAAGAUCAAAGGAUCUGAUAAGGAGAUUGGAAAGUUGAAUUUAGGGAGCGCGAGUCCGCGUUUAAAGAAAUCCGGGAUUGGUAGCUCUAUAAAGAGUUUUGUUCAAGGUAAUGAGUUGGGACCGAAGGCGUUGAGGAAGAGUUGGGAAGGUAAUGUGGAUGUCAAGACGCCGAGAUUGAAGGUCGUUAAGAACGAUUCAAAGGCUGAAGCUCGAAAUUCUUUUUAA